UUCUCCACUUUCCCCACACACUGGAUGGAGGGUACGCUUCUUCUCCAAAGGAACAUUUAACAUAUUUAAGCAGUAAAAGUUUGGACGAGAGAAAGAAAUCUUUAAACACAACAGAUUACGAGCUUUUAAAGAAGUUAUGUCCCUUAGGAUCCUACAGAAAUUCCCGAUUUCGAAGGCGGCUACUCAUCUUGGCUCACGUGACUGCUGGGAGGUCCUUUUAUCCUUAUUAGCUGCAUAAUAUUCAGCCCUCACUUUUAGGAGGAAGUCCCUGACUUACACACCACUGCCCCUCAAGAUACAGGAUACAUCAGCAGUAAGAUUGCCGCAGUUGUUACCAUGACGACUAUUGUGGGCAUGCGCGUGGUGCGGGGCCCUGACUGGGAUGGGGAGGACAGUGACGGAGAGAAGACACCUGUGGGGACGGUGAUGCAGGUGCUGGAGGAACAUUCGGUGCGCGUGCUGUGGGACACAGGUGUAGAGAGCACGUGCAGAGCAGGGCGUGACGGCAAACUCGACCUCAGGAUCUUCGACACAGCGCCUGUGGGUGUGCGACACCUGGGAGAGACCUGCGCCGUGUGUGGCGAGAAGGACGUGUGCGGGACGCUGUGGAGAUGUCGGCACUGUGACGACUGUUGUCUGUGUACACAGUGUUACUGUGAAGACAAGCACGAUGUCGACCAUGAGUUCCUUCGUGUAGACACACCGGGCAGCAGCGGAACAGUUGUGAACGCUCGAAAAAGCAGCCUCAAAGUGCAAGCAGUCGGCAUUUUCCCUGGAGCAAAGGUCAGAAAGGUCACAAGGUACAACAAUGAGGAGGUUUACGGAUCAAAGGGUGAGGUCGAAGGUUACGAGACUGGAGUCCCAUACAAAUGUCGGAACAUGCUCCGUGUUCGAUGGUCUGAUGACACUGUCGAGACCUGCUGUUUGGAUGAAAUAAUUUGUGUUGAGACAGCGACUGGGACAAACUAUUAUAGAGAUCAUCUACCUUUGCUUGAUGUAAGGAUGUCACUACUCCUGGAAAGUCACCCAAAGCCCUGUGAGUCAGAGCUGUUCUCUGAAGAUGAUGGUACUCAGGAAGCUGCAAACAGUCAUAACGCACCGUCCACCAGACCUGCCAUGGUGCCAAGCAGCUCACAUGAUGAUACAGGGGUCAAAGUUGAUGGAUCUUCGGAUCUUUUGUCAGCAGACCGUGACGCAGAACAAGACUUGCUUCUGGAAAAGGGUUCACUCUUUCCCUUCAAACACGCAAAAGAUACUAACGAUGGAGAACUCUCACUCGAAUCAAGCAUGUGGCUGGACAAGACUUAUGACACAAGCGACUACAACCUGAUGAGAAACUGUGACACUGAGGUCACACAUGAUCUGUUGUCACCUCACGAGAGACAAACAUUCAGCAAUCAAUGGAGGACAAGGGGAAAUUUGCAGAGGGUCUCUUUGAUAGGGAGGCUACUGGCCUAGAAUGUGACACAACAUCACAAGAAUUUGUACAACCCAUCAAUCUUUCAUUUGACCUCGCAAAGGAUCGUGGGAAAAAUCGAAAUAAUGGAGUGUAGCAGCGAUGAAGAAGAGAAAGAAACAGACGAUAAAGAAAGACAACUGGAGGUGGAUGUUGGUGACAGUGUUGCAAUCAAAGUGGGAGAAAGCAGGUUAGAAGAACUGCAGAAAGCACACGGGGGCUGCACUAAAGAGAUGAAACAAGCUAUUGGCAUGACUGGACGAGUUGUGAUGAAAUCCACAGAAGGUUCAGUACAGGUCGAUUUUAAGUCCUUGGGACAGUAUCCUUUCAGUCCAGAAGCACUCAUUAAGGUAAGCCAGGUGAAACAAGGGGAUAUUGUUCGCAUCAGGUCUGAAAAGGACCAGGUGAAAAAUCUCAAUCACCGGGUUGGCUGGAAAGAUGAGAUGACAUUGACGCUAGGCAAGGUUGGCCGGGUGGCAAAGGUGGACAGCGAUGGUGAUGCUCUGGUCAUCUUUGGAAGAUCGGCCUUCCUGUACUCGCCUGCCUGUUGUAUACCUGAACCUGAUGCACAAACAGACUCACUGGUUGUCAGCAAGCAGAUCGUACACAGGACUUCACCCAGUACCUCCGAGGUCAAGGAUAGUGCCGUUCAAGAACAGAAUAAAGCCCUAUUUCUAAAAAUGAGGGAGAUGGUUCUUGGGCAGAGUUCCAUGUCAUAUAUUGACCAGGAGGAUCCGGUGGUGCGUCGUCUUUUCGAUGCCAUUUAUGUGGGAGAUGGUGAAACUGUGGCAAGACUUUGUCGCAAAAACAAGUCCUUGCUUGCCUCGCGCCACCAGCGGCUCACCCCCAUCAUGCUGGCAUCAACACGACACUCUCUGGAAGUCGUAGAGCUCCUCCUCGACCUGGGGGCUGACAUCAACACGUCCAUUCCUCCAAACAAAACAGCCCUGGGAGCGGCGAUAGAGUCGAAGCGCGACGAAAUCGCCUGUUUACUGAUACAUCGAGGUGCGCACCUCAGUUAUGUUGACAACAACAAGAGCUCCUAUGUGCAUUUAGCCGCAUAUUAUGACAUGGCCACAGUCAUCGGACUUCUCGUAGCCCAAGGAGCUGACAUAAAUGCAAAGGAUAAAGACAUGGACACUCCAUUACUCAUUGCCGUCCAGCGAGGAUCACACCGAGCAAUGGAGGCAUUCCUGUCCAUGUCUGGCAUCGAUGUGAGAACCAAAAACAACAGAGGCUUCAGCGCACUGCAGCUCGCAUGUCAAGAGGGAUACGCUCGUGAAGUAGAGAAGAUGCUUGCCAUCGACAAAAGUGGGGUCAACGACUUCUACCACGGAGUUUCAACUGCCCUUCACCUAGCCGCCAUGUCAGAUCAGACAGAGUGUGUGCGUCUCCUUGUCAUCAACGGUGGCGCCAACGUCAACUUACAUGCCAGCGGAAUGAUGUACAACUGUCCUCUUCAUAUUGCCUGCCACAUGGCCAAACUCCAAACUGUUGAGGCGUUGCUUGAAUUGGGAGCUGAUGUCAAUGCCCAAGACAGUAGCGGCGACACACCUCUACAUCUAGCGAUUGGUGGCAGAAUCAACAAAGACGACGAGAGUGAGUGUCAACUGCGUAUUGUCAUUGGCUGUAUGCUAAUUCGCAAGGGAGCUUAUGUAGACGCAAGGAACAAAAAGGGACGUCACCCUUUCAACUAUGGCUCUCAGCUAAUUCGCGAAGGAAUCGGAAGGUUCAUCAGACAAAACAAAGCUCUCGUCAAGUCUCGGUACAAGAAUGGAUAGGCGAGACGAUACAGGAUCGACACUUAUCAAAGGGAUAAGUCAAAAGAUGAUACAUCAAUGGAAUUCCAUCUAGAAUCUGUGGACGUUUUGAAGCAACAGAUACGGGGAGAGGGACCUAGUUUGAAAUCUCUGUUACAUCUGCUCUUCCCCCUUCUCUCUAUGUCUGUGUGGGGUACAGCAGUGAAGUACCUGGGUACAGGAACGAUACCUGUGUAUACGACUAGUGACUUAGCCUGCAGGUACGAAGCAGAUUUUGGGGUCAUUGGCAGGAUACUUGAGAGAUUGAUCGCCAGAAGGAGUGACCAAAACUUUGUAAAUAGUACAGAAAUAAAAAUGUAACACACGGAA